AUGGCAGCUGAAGGGAAGAAGGCAGAGAACCCCAUGAGGGAGAUCCGAAUUGAGAAGGUUGUUCUUGACAUAUGCGUCGGCGAGCCCGGUGAUCGUUUGACCCGUGCUGCCCGUGUGUUGGAACAGCUGAGUGGCCAGAAGCCGGUCCUCUCGAAGGCUCGGUUGACCAUCCGUUCGUUCGGGAUCCGUCGUAACGACAAGAUUGCCGCCCAUGUGACUGUCCGUGGCCAGAAGGCUGCUGAGUUGCUGGAGUUGGGUCUUAAGGUCAAGGAGUUCGAGUUGAAGAAGUCUUGCUUCUCCAGCACCGGCACCUUCGGCUUCGGUAUUUCCGAGCACAUUGACCUGGGUAUCAAGUACGACCCGUCCGUAGGUAUCUACGGUCUUAACUUCGUGGUGCACUUGGCCCGCCCCGGUCUGCGGGUAUCCCGCCGCCACCGCCGCCAAAGCAAGGUCGGCAACAAACACCGAGUUACCACGGACGAAGCCCAACAAUGGUUCCGUAACAAGUACGAUGGCAUCCUCCUCGAGUAA